GUCAACAAACAUUGUAGAAAUAUUCUCGAAGCCUAUGAGUUGUUUUCCUGCUUGUGUCUGGCAUGCUAAAUGGUGAAGCAAAUCACUUUACCAACCAACAGACAACAUCAAUCAUCUUGUGAGAAGAAAUGGAGAACAUAGCCUUUAAUUUGUACGAUAUGAACUUCAGUGAUAUAUUUGAAAACUACAGCAGUGACUGGUACUCUUACAUUGAUCCUGACAUAAGGCCCUGCACCCUCGUAAUUAGUGGCAAUUGGAUCAACACGUUUCUGGCUGUUAUCUACAGCCUGGUGUGCUUCCUCGCUGUGACAGGGAACAUUAUUGUAAUGAUUGUCCUACUUUAUGAUCGACGUACCAUAUCAUCCACAGACACCUACCUGCUACAUCUGGCAGUGGCUGAUCUGCUCUUUGCUGUGACCCUGCCUUUUUGGGCAGUGGAUGCUGUAUCUGGCUGGGUGUUUGGUGAUGCCAUGUGUAAAAUUAUCAGCAUGUUACAGGAGAUUAACUUCUACAGUGGGAUUUUAUUGCUGGCUUGUAUCAGUAUUGAUCGUUUUCUGUCCAUCGUCUACGCUACACGGGUCCACAUGCGGAAGAGUCCAUUUAUAUGUCAGGUGGUUUGUGCUGCUGUUUGGUUGAUGGCUAUUAUCUUAUCUUUACCAGUUUUAUACAAAGGCAAAUUUACUCCACCCGGUUUCACAAGACAGAUGUGUUAUGAGAUGCUUGUUGGGGAAUUGGCUGAAAAGUGGAGAAUAGUCACCAGGUUUUUGCGGCAUUUUAUUGGGUUUGUCAUCCCUCUCGCUAUCAUGAUGUUCUGUUACAGUGUGACAAUCCAGAGACUGUUUCAAACAAAGGGAUCACAGAAAUAUAAAGCGAUGAAAGUCAUCAUAGUGGUGGUGUUGGCUUUUCUCAUUUGUUGGUUCCCACACAAUAUUACUGUGUUCUUCGACACACUGAUGAGGAGCAAGCUUAUUGCUGAAACUUGUGAGAAGCGUAAUCAUAUUGACCGAACUCUAUUGGGAACUCGAAGUUUGGGAUUCCUGCACAGCUGCAUUAAUCCAAUUAUAUAUGCAUUCAUCGGGGUGAAAUUCAGGAUGAAUCUGUUCAAAAUUUUGGAGAGUAAAGGAAUUAUUAAACAAAGAAGAAUGGCACAAUAUAGGAGAUCUGUAUCUUUCUCCUCUGAAGUUGGACUAAUUUCAAGCAACAUAUAGAAUCCUUAUGAUCUGGUUACUGUGACCAAUCAGUGAGAUACCAAGUAUAAAUAAAUAAGGUGAAUAUCAAAGGCUCAAGGGUAAUGAUGCUGUGCAGUGUUCAGAAUCGACCAGAAUAAAUUGACAUAUCCUGCAUUGUUUAUUGUUUUAAUAUGAAAUGUGAAAUGCUUAGAAAUAAGGCUAACCUCUUUCCAGUGUAGAAGUUCUGGAUCUGAUGGUGCACCAAUCUUCAUCACAUAUUCUAAUUAACUUUUAAAAAACUUAAUUGAUAGGAUGUGGAUGGUGCUGUCUGCUGCUGGAAAUUCAUUCCAUACACGAAGCACUCUGUGCAAAACAAUUGUCUGCAUGUGUUAUUAAGAUCUUUCCCCUCUCACUUUAAUUGUCCAGAGGCUGGUUAAGAGUCAGCCACACUGCAGUGAUUCUUGAGCCAGAUGUAGACCAGAUCAGAUAAGGAUAGCAAAUUGCAUUCUGUAAAGGGAACUUUCUUAAGGCAAGAACAAAUUAAUGUGAAUACUGGAUGUUGAAAAUAGAAACAGAGAAGAUUGGAAGUUCUCAGCAUGCCUAGCAGCAAUCAUAUUCUGAAGAAAUGUCUUCAACCUGAAAUGGUAACUCUGUGUUACUCUAUUGUGAUGAAAGGUGUAUAGUGCAUUAUAUUUUGAGUUUUGUUUUAGAAAUAGAAGGCAAAUGGAUAUGGAUAAGUUCUGAGAAUUAAGUAUUUUGAAGCAGGCCAGAAGUUAUUUUCUUCAGCAUAGAGUCAUAGAAUCAUAUAACAUGGAACUAGACCCUUCAAUCAAAUCAGCCCAUGCCAAUCAGAAUCCAAAAUUAAACUGGCCCCACUGCUUGUGUUUGUCCCCAUAUCCCUCUGAAUCUUUCUUCUUCAUGUACUUAUCUAAAUGUCUUUUAAACACUGUAACUGUACCAGCAUCCAUCACUUCCUCUAGACGUUCAUUCCAUACAUGAAUCACUCUGUGUGAAACAAUUGCCCGCAUAUGUUUUUUAAGUCUUUCUCCUCUCACCUUAAAAUUAUGCUCUUAAGUCUUGAAAUAUCCCACCCUUGAAAUAAGUCCCAGCCUAUCUUUAUAACUCAAACCUUCCAUUCCUGGUAACAUCCUGGUAAAUCUCUUCUUAGCCCUUUCCAGCUUAAUAAUAUCCUUCCUAUAACUGGGUGACCAGAACUGGACACAAUACUCCAGAAGAAGCCUCAUCAAUAUCCUGUACAAACUCAACUAACAUUCUACAUGUAAAUCAUUUGUAUAAAUGUCAAGCAAAAGUCAGCCCAAAACCAAUCCCUGUGUAACACCACAAUUUCCUCCCCAACUUCCCCACAUGCCUUCCCAGAGGUUUAUCCACUUUAUAUUGUAAUAAAACCCCCAGACCUUCCUCUUUAGUAAUGUGAACUAUUUUCAUAACAUUGACAUUUAUUGUCUUGAAUUCUCUAUCCUCCAUUUCUUUCUCUACAGUAAAAAUUGCAAUGAAAUAUUCAUUGAAUAUCUCUCCUUUCACCUGAGGUUCAACGCAAUGAUGAUCUCUUUGAUUUUUAAAGGGCCUUACUCUCUCUCAAGUUGCUCUCUUGAUCUUAACGUACUUGUAGAAACUUUUUAGAUGAUCCUUGACCUUAAUUGCCAAGGCUAUCUCUUGUCCUCUCUUUGUCUUCCUGAUCUUCCUCUUAGGAAUGCUGCUACACUCUCUACACUGUUCAACAGCUUCAUUUUAACCCAGUUGUUUAUAAAUAAUAUAAGAUUCUUCUUUAUUCUCAACAAGAACUUUGAUAUUCAUCUGGUGCCUUUUAAGCCUACCAACAACCUAACUGCAUCAAUUUUAAAAAAGCAUGUUAGUGGGGGCGAUAGUCUACUGGUAUUAUUGCUGGACUGUUAAUCUAAAGACACAGAUAAUGUUCUGGAGAGAGAUAAUGGGAACUGCAGAUGCUGGAGAAU